AUGUACGGAACCCGCGUCUUCGACCCAUUGGCUGUUGACCCGGGAUCAGCGCCGAUGAACAAGACGAAAGCUUUUGUGACCACUUUCGAAUACACUGAGAAGCCGAUGGCUACCUCUAUGGCCGCUCCCCGAAGCCGGAGUCGCGGGGGCAGUCUGUCAUUUUCGCAGAGAGACGUCGUUACCGACAGUUCGCCUAAGCGUCACAUAUCCCCCAUGAAGACACCAAGCCCGGAGCCCGCGCCUGCGUUGUUUGUCCGGGCCAUGUAUGAUUAUGAUGCCGAUGAUCACACUAGUCUGAGCUUUCGCCGAGGGGAUAUUAUUCAAGUCCUCAAUCAGCUCGAGACCGGUUGGUGGGACGGCGUCAUCAACGGAAAUGUACGGGGCUGGUUCCCUAGUAAUUACUGCGCUGUGAUUACGGACCUGCGGGAAGUUGAAGACCAGGUAACACACGUUCAUGAGGAUGGAGAUAUCAGCGCGGAUUCGGGUGCUGGCGAAGACCUUGAGGACGAGCACGAUGAUGAGAUUAACUCUCCUGCCAAUACCCGUGAUUCACACCCCAUCCUUCCCAUUGAAGGCAUGGACCCUCCAAAGGAACAAGAGGAGGCGGCUUUCUGGAUUCCUCAAGCGACCCCGGAUGGUCGUCUAUUCUAUUUUAACACCCUCACUGGCUAUAGCACAAUGGAGCUUCCAUUCGAAAACCCAUCCGCCAACGAGAACGGCCCAUACGAUCGGAAUAACUUCUUUGUGCCUGAUCAGACUCGACCACCGCCGGAGAUGAUGGCUCGCGGCUUUGAGCGGGAUGAAGACGACUAUGAUGGUUCCGCAUCGGAGGCUGAAGGGGAGUCCCUCAUGCUGGCUUCGCACGACUCCAUGUCCCGGAGACGCCAAUCGUUCAUUGACGGCGUGUCUCCUGCGACAUCCAUGGAUUCUCUGCAUCCACCGUCUGCUACCAAAUCCAUAAAUGAGGGGAAGAGCCCUAACAUGCGGAAUCCCCACCAGCUCUACGACUCUGCAGCUGCAGGUAGCAACACGUCAAUAUCGGAGCCAAUGCACAGACCCUCUACCUCAUCCGGCAUCUCUCAACAUUUCAUUGACGAACCUACCUCGACGCCCAUUACUUGGCCUUUGCUUGUGGACAACAUGUCCCAGGCUGUUGAGAGUUAUCGCCAGACGCUGUUGAGCGGCGAUCGCGCAGAAUAUGUGAGAAAAGCCGAAGAUAUAUCUGACCACCUACGCAUGCUCCUGGCUGCCGGUUCUGAUACUACCGAUAACCACUCGGGAAAUCCUUCCAUAAUAUCUACCAACAAGCCAUUAUAUCAACAUUUCAGAGACAUGAUGUCUAAAUUCUCCAAGCUGGUCCUUUCGUCGCAUAUGGCUGCGGCGGACUGGCCGAGCGUAGAUGCCGUCAACAAGUGCCUCCAAGAAGCGGAUGGUGUCAUGCAGGGAGUUUACGGCUACGUUGAAGUCGCAAGACAGCAACGUGGCGAAUAUAUCCGUCGGGUUGUACCAGGGUUUUUGAUGGGAAGCUAUUCGGGCGGUUUUUGGCAGAACAAUGGUGUUUCUCUCAACGACUCUGGACCUACCUCGUUCUUGAACCAGGAUAGUGGUGAUUUGCGACCAGAGCCAACUGUUCCCCUUGAGCCUAACGUAUUGGACCACAUCGAUGUUCUCCGAAGGUCCUUUGUUGGAGCCAUUCGUCGAUUGGAGGAACGCUUGACACUCAACCAGAAGAAAAUAGUUACCGUUGCAGAGCACGAGGAAAUUGGUGAAGCGAUUGCCGGAGCUGCUGUCAAGGUCGUUGAACAGUUCCGCCCGUGGGUUUCAGCAGUUGAGUCAAUCAACCUGGGACCCCUUGGAACCAGCUUCCAAAACCCCCAACUAGUGGAUUUUAGCUUGCAGAAGCAGCGCGUCUACGACGCGAUAGCUGACUUUGUUGUCAGCUGUCAAGCUGUUUCUGCGCCCCUUGGUGACGAGUGGGCGGAACUACGUGGCGACUCGCUUGAUGAUCGCUUAAAUGCCAUCCGAGGUGUUGCCAGACAGCUUGAGAACUACGUUUCUCAAAUUGGCUUCUCCCUCUCACUCCUCCUUGAGCAGGUUCCGGAUCCUAACGCCCCCCGCAGUGAAAGUCGUGUUGGUGGCGAGAGUGCGGUAUUUACAGGCUUGCAUAGCCGCACCGAAUCACGAGCGACUGAAACCAUCGGGGUACCGUCCGCACAUCCUCUUGAGAACUCUACAGAAAAGGUGCGACGCAACAUGGACAAAGCCCAGAGGUUCUUCGGACAGGCUCCGCCCGCCGCAAUCACAAGAGAACCUAUUCGAGAUUUGGCCCGUGAACCAGAAGAGACGCCGUGGUUCUUGAAGAUGGAUCACGAAGGCGAAGUGUUCUAUGACACUAAAACUGAUGUGCCAGCCCUGAAGUGUGGAACUCUGGCUGGGUUGGUGGAACAUUUGACCCGUCACGACAAGCCUGACCCGUCUUUCAACAGCACUUUCCUCCUCACCUAUCGCUCUUUUACUACAGCGGCAGAGCUCUUUGAGAUGAUCAUGCAGCGCUUCAAUAUUCAGCCCCCAUUCGGCCUAAAUGCUGAUGAAAUGCAGAUGUGGGUUGACAGGAAGCAGAAACCCAUUCGGUUCCGCGUGGUCAAUAUUCUGAAGACUUGGUUUGAGAACUAUUGGAUGGAGCCAAACGACGAGUCGCAUAUGCAACUACUUGAACGCGCUCAUUCUUUUACCAAGGAUUCAAUCGCCACGACUAAGACCCCCGGUUCGUCUCAGUUGUUGACCGUUAUUGAGCAGCGUCUCCGGGGUCAGGAUACCACAGUCAAACGACUAGUACCCACGCAAGCAACUCCCGCGCCGACUCCCAUCAUCCCGAAGAACAUGAAGAAGCUGAAGUUCCUGGACAUUGACCCUACGGAGUUUGCACGCCAGCUGACCAUCAUUGAAUCACGGCUAUAUUCUAAGAUUCGACCUACAGAAUGUUUGAAUAAAACGUGGCAGAAGAAGGUUGGGCCGGAUGAGCCCGAACCGGCUGCUAAUGUGAAGGCCUUGAUCCUGCACUCGAACCAGCUCACCAACUGGGUUGCCGAGAUGAUCCUCAACCAAAGCGAUGUUAAGAAGAGAGUGGUUGUGAUCAAACACUUCGUCAAUGUCGCAGAUAAAUGUCGGGCGUUGAAUAAUUACUCUACACUAACCUCUAUCAUUUCUGCCCUUGGAACUGCGCCCAUUCACCGACUUGGUCGUACCUGGGCUCAAGUCAGUGGACGGACAUCUGCAAUCUUGGAACAGAUGCGCAGACUCAUGGCUAGCACGAAGAAUUUCGGCGAGUACCGCGAAGCGUUGCAUCUUGCAAACCCGCCCUGCAUUCCCUUCUUCGGUGUGUACUUGACAGACUUGACAUUCAUCGAAGAUGGUAUCCCAUCCCUCACGCCGUCCGAGCUGAUCAACUUCAACAAACGCACCAAAACCGCCGAAGUUAUUCGCGACAUUCAACAAUACCAGAAUUCACCGUACCUUCUGACGCCGGUUUCCGAAUUACAGGAUUACAUCCUUAGUUACUUGCAGAGUGCAGGCGACGUGCACGACAUGUACGAACGAAGCCUGGAAGUGGAGCCGCGAGAACGAGAAGACGAGAAAAUUGCGAGACUGCUUUCUGAAUCGGGAUUCCUGUAA